CUGAGGUAGGUGCUGACUGCUUCAGCUAAAACAGUGAAACACCAUGCAGCUGCAAGCGAGUGCACUCUUAUCGGUGUCUUGUGAUUCAACAGGAAUCUUCCCUUACGUCAUGCAGCAUUCCGUUUGCGUCAAGCCUAUCGAUAAAUAUCGCUCUUGAAGCGGCCAGGGGCAUUCCAUGAACAGCAACUCAUCUCAUCAAAGAACAGUGAGAAACUAACAAUGUCCAACGUUCUCAUCCUCGGUGCAACAAGAGGCCUCGGGGCCUCCCUGAUCAAGCUCUAUGCGACAAAUCCAUCGAUGCAUGUCUUCGCAACGACGCGAUCCAGCUCUGCACCGGAGAACUUCCACCCUUCAGGGCCUUCCGUAUCCUGGCUGACCAAUAUCGACGUUUCCCAGCCUGAUGUCGGCCAGAAACUUGUCUCGCAACUCCCCUCAGCGACAAAGCUCUCGACAGCGAUCAUCUCGGCCGGUUAUUUUGGCUUCGAGACCUUUGACUCUCCAGAUUGGGACAAGGAGGUGAAAAUGUAUACCACCUCAGCCAUUGGUCCUGUAUUCGUUGUACACAGUCUUGUCAAGGCGGGCUUGUUGCAUGAAGGGAGUAAGGUAAUUCUCGUUAGUAGCGAGAGUGGCAGUAUUACAUUGCGCCACGAGAAAGAAGGAGGGGGUAACUAUGGCCAUCAUGCUAGCAAGGCAGCGUUGAACAUGGUGGGGAAACUUCUCAGCCUCGAUCUCAAAGAAAAGGGAAUAGCAGUCGGUUUGGUGCACCCAGGUUUCAUGAGGACGGAGAUGACCAAAGGCGUCGGUUUUGAUAAAUACUGGGAGUCUGGUGGUGCCGUAACGCCUGACGAAGCAGCGAAAUCGCUCAUCUCAUUCGUUGAUGAUUUUGACAUCAGCAAGACGGGUCAAUAUUGGGCACCAAGGGGGGCAGGGGAUAUUGGCACUGCAGAUGUCACUCUAGGCAAGGACUUGCCUACCCCACUGCAAUUGCCAUGGUAGGUCGCGGACUCUGACCAUCGUAUGUGAGGGUAAUGGCUUUUUAAGGGCAUGCUCAUUAUCUUUUUGUUGUAUGUUUCUCAUGUCUAGUGUGAAUGGCGGGCAGACAUGAUGAGUAUAUGAUGACAUGUUUCAGAUGGUAUGAAGUAAUUGCUACAUUAUAUGGGUAUGAAGCUGGAACAUCCAUGAUAUGGGCUCCUCAUCUUCCAGUGUGAUCAGAUCUGUUCUACGCAGACAAUGGCUGAUGGAAAUAGGAAGGGGGUUUGCUCAUUUCACGGCUAGGCAUAGAUCUAGUCCAGUAAUGGUUUAGGGUGGUGGUUCAGAGGAGAGAUAGUACAAAAAGGAGCUACAUCUGGUUCUCGAAGGCAUCAUGGGCAAAUACUAUGCAAAAAAAGGAUUGGAGAAAAAAAAGAAAUGCAAGUUGUUAGAUGCAUCAUCCGCGAAUCGAACGCGGGCCUCAUCGAUGGCAACGAUGAAUUCUACCACUAGACCAAU